UUGGAGGGGAAAGGAAAGUUGAAGGCGGAAGUUGUCAUGUUUUGGUUUUGCUCGUGCUAAAGGUCCUGAGAGAUGUCUCCACUUCUUCCUGCGGUGGCUGAACAACUGUUCCGGGACAUCCAGAGGACAUACCGGGACACGUCUCACAUUCCUGAUGACCUGCUUAUUGCGCUGAAGUUUGUCUUUGGUCCCUGUGCGUUACGGGCUCUGGACCUGGUCGACCGACGUUCAGUCACCUGUCUGUCUUCUCCCAGUGGACGUAAGGUCUUCCAGGUAAGCGGGGACUCGGGGCGUUUGUACACUUGCUUUGUUUCCUGUCACUACUGCUCGUGUCCGGCCUUUGCCUACACCGUGCUCCGCAGAAACGAAGGCCUGCUGUGCAAACACAUCCUGGCUGCCUACCUUUGCCAGGCCAUGGGUGUGACUCAGCAGGAGAGUGUGUCUGAUCAGCACAUGUCGAUGCUGCUCAGCGGCACCGCAGACCCCUGACAGGCAGGUACGUUCACUACCAAGUUCAGCAGCAGGAGCAGCACAUCUGGCUCCAAAGGGACAGUACGGAGCCUCCUGAAUGAGGGUCCACGUUUCACACUGGCAUCUUGUGCCACUGCAGUGAAGCACUCUUAAAGGAUGGCCACACUUCUGCUCUUCUAGAUGUUUCUGUGAGAGGUACCAGAUGUUGCUUUAUUUAUUUUUUCUGUUGAAAGAAACCUCAAUCUGUGUCAAGGGAAACAUCUGUUCCUUGAGUGUGAGUUUCUUGAUUUUUUAGGUUAUUUCACAUUAUUAAAGGAAGUAUUGUUCAUCUGCAUGCUGAAGUGACCUCAGACACAUUUUUUAAACCUUAAUAUAUUUUAUUUGCAAAUGGAAACGCAAUCUGUUGUUUCUACCAACCAAACAUCAAACUCUCGGUCCGAUUUCUAUUCUUCUCUACUUCACUCUUCAAUCGGUCCCUUUCUAUGUGACUUUCCCCGUUUGAGGUUAUUCACAUUAUUAAAAAAAUUAUUGUGCAUCUGAAUACUAAAGUUACCUCAGAAGCAUUUUUAUAGAAGAAUAUAUUUUGUCUUUUGCUCUAUUUUGUGAAUAUGAAUCGUCAAAUAUUGGAAAUACGUUUUUUUAUGGAAUAAAGACUGAUCUGUAACAAUAUAAACAUGAACUUUAUUAACAAAAUAAUUCACCAUACAUACAGAUUGCAUCAUGUUAAAUAGCAGUAUCAGUUUGCAGCUGUCGUUUUGUUGAAUGAAAAAAAUGGCCUCUGGAAAAGGUUGCACAUCAGCUCGAGCACAGUGGAUGUUUUUCCUGAUUAGUAACGUCACUAUAGCACACAGACAGAUAGCUACUUCGGAAUGAAAGGCAGGAAUGUUGAACUAGAUCAACUUGUUAUCGUCCGACUUUCCUAUUUUUUUAAAUCACAAAAAGAACAAGGCAGAAGUUUGACAUCAAUGAAGAGCUUGUAUAAAGCUGGACACUUACAGUACUUAUUUUUUUACACAUCAGUCGACAUUGACAAUAUAUUACAACGUUACAGUGCAGGUACAGUAUAGUUGUCUCCAUUGGAAUGUACUAUAAUGUCGGCACACUCCUGUAUUUUAGCCCUUGAAGUCAGGUCAGAGGUCGUUCACUGGACACUGAGGGGGUGAUAAUGAAGCAGUGGAGGCAAGUGCUCAACUUAAGAACACUGGUUCAACACCAACACGACCGAUGGAGCACACCACGUAGGAAAUACUCGAAAAUGUCAGUGCAAUGUGUGUCUGUGUGUGUAGUGAUGGCUCUCAGGUGAUCGAAAACACCCACUUCUUUUUUUACAUAAAUUACAAACACCCCAAAAACAAAACUCUGAUUCUAUCAAAUCAGUUGUUUUUCUGAGAUUCAUCAGCCCUUGUCGUCAGAACAAUGCUGACCACCACAGCCCUACAGCAUCAGGAGCUUAUAGACCAGGAGAGCAGUGUCGCAGCUGCGUUCCCUCAAACUAUGAUGCACUGCGAGCACCACUGAGAGCAAACAAGGAGAACGUUUCAUGUUUCCUGUUUCACUCUCCAGAGUGAUCUCUCCUUUUCUGGGACAAACUGGACUUUGUCAUCUAUCUUUGCUAAGAAGAGAGAGUAAUAAAUUAUUAGUAGUUUGAUUAAAAUGAGUCCUCAGUGCAGGUGUUCUUUGAAGGAUCAGCUUUAAAAAUCCAAACUGUCGGUUGUUGACUUCAGCAGCUUUGGAAGGACUGAGGAGCCUCAGGAUCCCAGUUGAGACUAUCUCAGGGGAGUGGGUGUUUUCAGCUGCACUCCUCUGAACCUGAACAAAGCAUUGGUUCUUUUUGUUCUGUAAUCCACUAGAUACAUGUGCAACAGAAGCCUGCGUGAUGAGGAAACUUUAAAUUGGCUUGUUUACUCACAAAGCAGCUGAAAAUGCCCUGUGGCGAUGCCAUAUUUCUAUAAAGCCUACAAUCACUUUCCCACUUCUGAGCCUUUGUCUGAAGAAAUAUGGAAAUAAUAGGCAUCACCACUAUAGGUGUGUUUUGCUGAACUGCUACUUAUUUCUGGGCCUGCAUGACUAAAUCAAAUCAAGCUGUUUGUCAAGGAACCCACAGAAACUCCCUCCUCUGGAGUGGAGCCACAGGGGUCAUGAUACAAGGCUGUGAACCCUUUGGUUCUGAGAGUUGAUUCUUGGGAUAGGAACAGCAUUUUUCUUCCUUGUUUAUGCUUGCUUUCAUCCUCAAUUUCUUCUAGUAAAGUUGAUGGCAGGAGAGUCCCUGUUUUUGAUUCCACUGUGCACCACCAUGUCCCUCCACCAGUACAUGCAGCUUCUAUGGAGGAUCGGUGCAAAAGCAGGGAUGCUUGCAAACACUGGCACUUAGCAGCAAAAAAAUCUCUGCUAUACAAAGGUAUUUGUACAGAUAUUGUGUAAAAUAUCAUAGUUAAAAGGAACAGUGUGUAGAUUUUAGUGAUAUCUAGUGUUGAAGUUGCAUGUUGCAGCUGAACACCCCUCACCUCACCCUCUACUUC